AUGAACCCGGCACUUAACUCCGACACGCCUCCUCCCCCACCUCCGAAGCCCAGCAGCCACGAGGCCAGUCGAAGAGGCACACCCCAACUCAACUCACCUUUGCCCGGCACACCGCAGCAGCUACACAGAGCCUAUAAUCAGCAGGAACGACUGGACAUGUAUUCAGGAAACAGAUAUUCCUCACCAGGGGUUCCUCUGAGCUCCCAGAACGUGCUGCCCCAACCGCCUCCUGUUGAGGAAGGUUGGCUACCGAGUAGUGUCAAGGACAAGAGUACUGUGGAUUUGCAAACCAUCCUCAAAGACCCGAACCUCAUCUCCGCGCUGUCGAGCCAGCAUCCAUCCUACACGGCGCAUCAGCAGCAUCUGGAAUCUCUCCUGAAGUACAAUAAAGACCUGGCAACUCGUCUUCUCGAGCUCCAGUCGCAGAUGUCGGAGCUACGGUCCUCGACGGAGACCCUUCUCCUGACCCAUCAAUCGCUCGAGGUUUCCUGGCGGAAGAAGCAAUCCGAGAUGGAUGCUGCUCUGGCCCCGUGGUCGCCCAAGGCGCUGUACCAGAGGCUGGCUGCUUCGAUAUCGGAGCAGGAGGCUGUGUGUCGAGCGGUCGAGGAAAGCUUCCUGGAGGAGGAACACCAUGGCCGGGCGUCGGAGAAGGAGGUCGCGGAUUGGGUUCGACGGGUCAGGGCAGAGUCGGCCAAAUUGGCCGCGAGGAGGGAGGCGAAAGCUAGGUGGGAUGAGGGACGGGUAGGAGGAUGGAGGUGA